AUGGCUUUGCCCGGACGUCACGAGUCGGGCGGGGCUUGCUUUUGUCGAUCCGUUUCGAUGAGGAGAAGCAGGAAGAGAGAAAAAGGAAUAGAGAAUAAAAUGGGGAACAAAAUGCGAAGAAUGAAGCAUCUCAUCCCACGCAGAGAAGAAGAGGGAGAGAGAUGGUUACGAUAG